AUGGGUAUUGGUAUGGCAACAAACCUACAGAAGCAUCUCUCUAAACUAGGUGCUCCAAAUCUGCAGUACCACAACAGGACAAUGUCACGCGGCGAUCCCUUGGCAGAGAUCGGAGGGGUAGCACGCCCCGAAGUCGAAGAUCUUGUCAGUACCACAGACAUCAUCUUCAUGUCCCUCAGCGACGAUGCCGCGGUUGACGCAACCCUGGACGCGAUUCUUGGCGCCGCCGCAGCUCUCGACCUGACGGACAAGAUCAUUGUGGAUACUUCCACCGCCCACCCACUGACCUCGGCGAAAUCAAGGGAUCGUCUUGCUGAAAGAAACGCACAGUUUGUCGCUGCUCCCGUUUUUGGCGCCAGUCCUGUGGCUGCUGAAGGAAAGCUGCUGUGGAUCGUUGCCGGACCCCACGACGCCGUCGAGGACAUCAGCCCGUUCGUCGUUGGCGUUAUGGGCAGGGGCGUCAUACGGCUCGGAGAAGACGUGCAGCAGUCCAGCAUGAUGAAGACAGCUGGGAACUUCAUGACCGCCGGGAUGAUGGAGCUCGUCGCCGAAGCUCACGUCUUUGCCGAGAAGACGGGACUCGGCACGGACGCAAUGGAAAGGCUCAUAGAACAGCAAUACGGGCCCUUGGCUCUCUCAAUGUCGAAGCGUAUGACGACAGGGGCUUACAUGCCGCCGCGCGGCGCGAGGCCUUGGUCGGACCUGACGCUGGCGUUGAAGGACGUCGGUCACGGCAUCGACUGUGCGGAGAAAGUCGGCACCCGACUGGAAAUUGGCGAAGUCGUGUUGAGACACUUGAGUGAGGCGAAAUCGUUCUCGGACGCGGAAGGUAGGCCGCUCGAUUCGUCAUCCAUGUACGGAGUCUUAAGGCGGGAGUCUGAUUUGCCGUUUGAGACUGAGCUCGUCUUGAAGCGAGACAGCUCUGGAGUCUGA